AUGUUCUUGGAUGAAAAUAUUGACAGAUAUGAGUUAACGCUAGGACCAUCCCGUGUUGCAGGUCCGCGCACGAGAAGAGUGAAGAGGACGGACGGACGCGGCGGCGGUACACCCGAAGAGAAGCGUCCCAGGACGGCGUUCAGCGGCGAUCAGUUAGCGAGGCUGAAGAGGGAAUUCGCGGAAAACCGAUACCUGACGGAAAGACGGAGGCAGCAGCUCUCGAGGGAUCUAGGUUUGAACGAGGCACAGAUCAAGAUCUGGUUCCAGAAUAAGAGGGCGAAAAUCAAGAAGGCCAGCGGCCAGAAAAAUCCUCUCGCGCUCCAGCUGAUGGCGCAGGGGCUCUACAAUCACUCGACGGUACCGCUCACUAAAGAGGAGGAGGAACAGGCCGCGGAGCUCCAAGCGAAAUGACGUAUGCAAACUUAAACGGAAACAUUCGACAAAAUGUUCAUAUGUAACUUGGAAACCCUAAAUUUCGUAUCUGACCCCAAAGACGCUAUAAGCAAAGAUUAAAUUAUCUCUCUCUCUCUCUCUCUCUCUCUCUCUCUCUCUCUCUCUCUCUCUCUCUCUCUCUCUCUCUCUCUCUUUAUUUCGUUUUAAUCCUUCGCGCAAGGAUUUUUGUGGAAAAAUCGGGAGAAGGAAAAGUAGAAUCUCUGCAAAAGUUAAAAUAUACUUAGAUAGAAUAAAAAAAAUUCUUUCGAUACGAUUAAAGAAACAUUUGAUAAUAUUAGAAUCUCGCGAAGCGAUCUUUUUUUUUUUUUUUAAUGCGUCAUCUUUGCAAAGGAGAAUGCGAAUAUCACAAAAAAUAUUUUUAUUAAUUUUGCUAAUUGUGCAAGUUUCUGAAAGCAAGUCAUAAUUAACCAAAGCGGUGUAAAUUUUCGUGUUAUUUAAGAAGAAAAAAAAAAAAAAAAGAUAAAUAUGUGGUGUGUUAUACUUUGAAGAGUCAUAUUGGCCAAAUAGGUAAUAAAAAGGAAAGCUUUCUGAGCGGGCCCCCGAAGUUUACGGUCUGCCAUUUCUCUUCCUUAAAACGAAAGACUGGAGUAUUUAUUUCGUUAGAUGUACUAGAGUGACAACUCGUUAGACAGCAAACGAAUCAACUCGAGGAAUUCUUGUUCUUGUAAUUAGAGCUUCCGAUAGAACAGCAUUUGACGUAUGUCGCUCGCCUUCGUUCGACAGUUAAUUGUGAGAAACAAAAAAAAGAAAAGUAAAAAAGAAAUGUUAGUUACCGAGAUGGCUGCGUGAAUAAGUUACGGUCGCGCGCCGUUUCUUGCCAUCGCUUCGAAAGGUGAUGAAAGGUGAUGAAGUAAGUAUAAAAACCACGGCACACAUUCCUAGAUCGAGGCACGACAGGAUCAGAUUUUGACUUUCGUCGAGAGGGAAAAUUUCUCUCACACAAAAUUUGAUCCGGUUUUAAGGUGAAAACAAACAUGUGUUCGAUUAGCGUAACUGCGAUGGCUUGGCAGCGGUUAAUUUUUCACGAAGGAGAUUAGCAAGUGCCAUUUUUUUGCAAUUUUUUCCGGCAAGAUUAUUUACACGAGAACGUGCGGAAUCACCUCCGUGAUUAAGAGAAGACUUGAAAUCGAGUGAGUAAGGGGGAAAAUUAGAUUUUACAUUAAUUUAUUGUAUAAAAAUGUAUUAUAUAUCGCGAAG